AUGGUCCUAAAAAAUAAUCAACUUAAAAUGAAGAGAAAAAAUCUCAAUAUUGGUUUCAUUUCUUUGUUCUGCUUUUAUUUUGUUGCAACAGUUUCAGCUUACAAUUACCUGGUAGUGUCACCCUCUGCUGCCAGUUCCCACUACCAUGUGGGGUUUUCGUUGGUAAAAGGCUUGGCCAAUUCAGGACAUAAUGUAACCCUAAUUUCAGCAUUUAAGCAAAAGAAGCCUGUAGAUAACAUUAAGGAUGUGACAGCUCUUGGCAUACAUAAGACCAUGGAAGAACAUAUAAGCAGUAUUGUGAAAAAUAUGAAGAAGCCGAUGUGGUUGCAGUCUUUUGAUAUAUACAGCAUGGGCCUAAAAAUGACCGAAGCCUUGUUGAAUGAUACCUCGGUGUUGGAAUUAAUGAAAUCGAAUAAGACCUUUGAUGCCGUAAUUUCAGAGGUCUUUCUAAACGAAGCUCAGUUGGGACUGGCCGAGCACUUCAAGGCUCCACUCAUUGUUUUAAGUGCGGUUGGCGCUAUGCCCGCUCACGCGGAUCUGGUUGGAACUUCAUUUACACCCUCCUACAUACCGCAUGCCCUACUUCAUUUUACCGACCACAUGGACCUAUGGGAACGAUUGGUCAACUUUCUCUUUGUGACCUUCACUUAUUCCAUCCAUAAAUUUUUCGCAUUGCCCCAACAUGAAGCCCUUUACCAGAAAUAUUUCCCUGAUAAUAAGAUGGAUUUCUACGAGAUGCGCAGGAAUACAGCUCUAGUUCUCGUCAACGAGCAUGCUUCCCUUAAUCAUCCCCGACCAUUUUCCCCGAACAUGAUCCCAGUAGGUGGAAUGCACAUCAAUCGCCAGCCACCUCAACCCCUGCCCGAAAAUAUUCGGCUGUUUAUUGAGGGUGCCGAGCAUGGAGUGAUUUAUUGUUCAUUGGGCUCGAAUGUUAAAAGUAAAACUCUGCCAUUGGAAAAGCGCCGAGCAUUUUUGGAAACUUUUGGGAAACUAAAACAACGAGUUUUGUGGAAGUUUGAAGAAUCUGAUCUGCCUGGAAGACCUGAUAAUGUACUUAUAUCCGACUGGUUUCCGCAGAAUGACAUUCUGGCCCAUGAUAAAGUUAUUGCUUUUAUCUCCCAUGGUGGUCGGCUGAGUAUUUUGGAGUCUAUUUACCAUGGCAAGCCUUUUGUGGGGAUUCCGUUUUUUGGUGACCAAUUCAUGAUUAUGGCGCAAGCGGAGCAAAAUGGAAUAGGAAUCGCCCUUAACUACGGGGAUCUUACAGCUGAUAUACUUCUGGCUGCCACUAAGAAAAUUCUCCAGGAUCCAAAGUUCACUCGGAACGUCCGGGAUAUGUCCGACAGAUUUCGUGAUCAGCCGCAAACUCCACUGGAACGUGCUGUGUGGUGGGUGGAACACGUCACUAGGCACAAGGGAGCCAAAUACCUUAAGAGUGCUGGGCAGGAAUUAAACUUUUUUCAGUACCACAGCCUGGAUGUCUUGCUAAUUCUCUUCAUUGGACUUUUUUUCAUUAUUUAUUUACCAAUCAAAACAUUUGUAUGGAUACUAAAUCGUUUAAAUCAAUUUUUUUUUAAAACAAAGGUACAACACGGCAAAAAAAUUAAACAAAAUUAGUAGGCUUGUAAAUAAAUGUUAAAAAGGUUAUAUGAUAAAGCAACUAUCAUCUCUUUUUUAUUAGAAAGCCUACUGUUUUUCGCAAGUAUAUGAAUUGGCUAGUUUUGGAACCAUUUGAUAUUGCUGAACAAGCUCGUAAAAAUUUCAUUUGAAUUUUUGGCGGGGUAUGCGGUUGGUCUUAGCCUGCGGUAAGAAACUUGAAA